UCAAGAGCCUAGCCAUCCUGCUACAAUAAGUUGAGAACUAUGAAAGAACAGUCGUAGAAAAACAUUUUGUAUUAUAUGUUCGAUGUUUUUCAACAGCUUAACCAUGUAAGAUAGGACGUUCGAUCAGCUACGGACCAGCGAAAACCCAUGGCAAGCAACUUGAAAUUUGGCUCGUAAAGCGCACUAUGGCUGCUUGGCCAAGUUUGCACAUGGAGGAGAGGAACCUGCUGCGGCAGCGCGAGUGGGAGCGCAGGAACCAGGAGGCCCAGCAGCAGCAGGAGCAGUACCAAGAGAACGCACCCCUCUUCGGGGAGCCCUACAAGACGAACAAAGGAGAUGAGCUCUCCAGCCGCAUCCAGCGAAUGCUGGGCAAUUAUGAAGACAUGAAAGACUUGCACAAGAACUUUGGCAGCGUGCCCAAAGACCUCUCUGCUUCGGUACCCUUCGGCAGGCCUGGUCGGCCCAUCCACUCGGACGACUCCAAGCCCCCAUUCCAGAACGCCCCGCUCCCCUACAGAGGCCCAGUCACCCCAGCCAUCCAAUCGUCGAAGAAGUCUCCCGCUACGGAUCAUACCUUACUGUCUUCCGUCUACUCUCGCUCUUCUGCCACUCUCGAUAAGGGGAGUCCAGAGCUCCUGGAUGGAAAGAGUGAACAGUGGCCUGACAUGGCCAGCCUCCCCCCGGUACUCCCUGCCCUCUCUCCCCCGUCCGACCCUCUGUCCCCCUUACAUUCCAGCGACCCCAGUGACUCCGAGCAGCACGAUUUGGACGGUAAGGACAGCCCCGGGCCCCGGCAGCUCCUGCAGGCCCUCUCCUCUGGGCCCUCCAGCGCGGUGGACACGUCCCACGCGGAGGCCCAGAUGGAGGGCGCCCCCUUAGCCUGCGAGGCAGCCCCUCUGCCCUCCCAGACCUUCCCCCUGCCCCUGUCCUCCAAGCCCAGCCUCGUCAUGCCCCAGAAGCCCACGGCCUACGUCCGGCCCAUGGACGGCCAGGACCAGGUCACCAGCGAGUCCCCAGAACUCAAACCCUCGCCGGACUUUGAUCGGCCGCCUUACGAGAGCGUCCAGGACCUGAAGAGCAACUCUAAGCCUGGCCUCUCCCAGCUGAAGUUACCCCCACCAGCCCUUGAGGCGCUGUCCAGUGAUGCCCAGUGCGUGGAGGAGAUCUUGAGGGAAAUGACCCACACCUGGCCUCCCCUCCUCACAGCCAUCCACACGCCCAGCACUGCCGACCCUCCCAAGUUCAGCUUCCCCAACAAGGAGUCCCAGCAUGGCCACUCUGGAUACGCUGUCCAAAAGCAUGAGGCCUGGCGUGGCUCCUCUUCUCCUCCACCUCCGCCACCUGCGCUGUCCUGUCAGCCCGAGCCCCCAGUGGCGCCAGCGCGCUCCAGUGAGGGGGAGACCGCGAGCUCCAGCGAAUCAGAGAGCAGCUCUGGCUCCGAGUCCGACAGUGAGAGCAGCGAGAGUGGAGGGGAGGAGCUGGAGGAAGCCCCACCCCCUCAUAUAGCCAGCCCCCCUCCUUCAGCCAAGGCUGAUGGCCCUGCAGUGAGUCAGUGGCAACUAAGUCGCUGGCUGAAGGAUCCGCAGCCCAGCCUGAGCGUGGAGACGCAGGGGGAUGCGUUGCACAGCUCUCCUUCCAGUCCUGCCUCCAGCCCCAAACCGCGGGAGGAGACCAGCACGCCCCAACACUACAACCCCCAUAGUUCACCUGCGCGGCCAGAGUCUGCCAGCCCAGCACACUACAGCUACAACUCGCACAGCUCCCCCGUGCAGCCAGAGACCACAACACCAACACACUAUAACUACAACUCCCACAGUUCACCUGUGCGGACUGAGCCCAGCACACCGCCCCACUACAACUACAAUUCCCACAGUUCACCUGUGCGUUCAGAGACUACCACACCAGCUCAUUACAACUACAGUGCUCAUACGUCCCCUUCACGGCCAGAGGUCAAAGACCCUGAGCCAAAGCCAUCUGGUCAAAACCAGCACGUCAGGUCCCAGUCUCCCUCCCCACCCAGCGACGUGGACGGCGGGGCCAGGAAGACGAAGACGAAGAAGCCGAGCUCCAGCGGCAAAGCCUCCCGGCCCGAAGACGCCUCGCGUCACGUGGACAACAAGGAGUUGGCCUCCCAUCAAAAAGAUCCCUCCCUCGCCGACCGGCCCAAAGUGAAGACGAAAGCGGAGCCGGCCAAGGCCCCGACCAAAGCCGCCUCGAAAGCCGACAAGAAGGCCGCCAAGCGCACCGACAAGAAGAAGGCGAAAGAGGCUGCCCCCAAGGUCACUGUGAAGCUGUCCCUGCCCAAGGAGGCAGAGCCGGACUCUCUGACCCAGGCGCCCCCGCCCCCUCUGCCCUUACCGUCGGUCAAGAGCCGGAGCAACAACGGCGGCGGCGUCCGAAGCGACGGCCCGCCAAAGCCGCCGUCGUCGUCGUCGUCGUCCUCCUCGAAGAAGAAGAAGCCGCGGGACCGCUCCCCCGCGCAGGCCAGCAGGCCCGACAACGACGCGGUCGGCAAGGCCGGCCCGGAGGCGCCGCCGCGCGCCCUGCUGGUCAAGAUCCAGCUCAGCCUGCUCACCAGGGUGCCCAAGGCUGCCCGGCCCGCCGAGCCGGGAGACAAGAGGGCCGAGAGGGGAGACGCUGCCUCUGUCGCCGUCGCUGCCGCUGCUGCUGCUGCUGCCCCAGCCAAAGCCAGCAAAAAGAGAUCAGCGGAGAAAGAGGACAAGUCUCAGCCCAGGAAGAAGUUAAAACUGGACAAGGACACCAAGAGAUCUUCCUCCCCCUCCUCCGUCUCCAUCGCACCAGCCUGCCCUGGCUCCAACAAAGCUGAAGCCCCCAAGACUGCGGCGGAGGAGAAGGAGUGCAAGAAGAAGAGGAAGAAGGAGAAGGCCCCGAGCUCCAGCACACUCACAGCCCCCGCAGCACAGGAGCCGCCGGCCAAGGGGGCCGGACACAAGAGACCCCUGGCCGACGCGUCCAAAGCGUCCAGCCAGACUGGGGACGGCGAAGUCAAGCACAAGAAGAGCUUCAGCAAGCGCAGUGAGCACACAAAGACUGGCAAGAAGUCACCAAAGAGCAGCUUUGCGGUCCCAGAACCCGCCCAGCCCAAACGGACUCCAGCCUCAAACAGAGUCCUGCUCAAACUGGACGACAGGCAGUAUUCUGUGGAGCAUCACAUGAAGGAAGCCAAAAAACUGAAGCACAAAGCUGAUGCCAUGUCCGAGAAGGUGGGCAAAUCCUUCAUCUACCUAGAAGCUGCCCUGUCCUUUGUGGAGAGUGGUAUUGCCAUGGAGAUGGAUCCCCAGACGCCAAAGUCAGCAUACACCAUGUUCUCGGAGACGGUGGUCCUGAUCAGGUUCAUCUUAAAACUGCGGAGCUACUCCGACCCAGCCAGCCCUGCGCCAGAGAAAGACUUUGCCAUUUUGUGCAUGAGGUUCCAGUCGCUACUGCAGAUGGCCAUGUUCCGCUACAAGCGCGAAGCAGCACUUAGGUACUCCAGAACCCUCACCGACCAUUUCAAGAGCUGCAAGACGUCUCCUUCCCCUCGCGUCUCAAAGACUACCAGUACCCCCUCCCAGAUGUCUCCCAUGGCGUCUCCGGCCAGCUCCAGCAGCUCCAGCCACAGCUCGGCCACGGCGCCGGCCAACACGGUGGCACUGCCCCAGGCCAUCCACCAGGUGGCGUCCACCUACGUCAGCAUCACCGCCCUCUUCCUCAGCGCGCACAGCGUCUGGGAGCAGGCCGAGGAGAUGGCCCCCAAAGGCAGCGGGGUGCUGUUGGAGUUGGACUCUGCCGUCGGCCCCUUGACGUUGCUGUCCAGCAUGAGCGCAGUGGUGCGCUACACACGGCAGGGCCUCCACUGGCUUCGGCAGGACUCCCAACAGACACACUGACCAACCACCCUGCUACACACACACACACACACACAUACACACAGACACAAAACCAUCUCUACCCAACAACUCCCCUCAACUCUAGUGCAUUUUCAGAAUGGCACAGAAAAAGCACCGGUUUAGGGGGAUGAACUCAAAACUGGAUACUCUGGCACUUUUUUUUAAGUUUAAGUUCAUUUCAGUCCCAGGGCAGCCCUCCCUCCUGCCGUGUUUUAACCCCUCAGUGGUCCCUCUCUGGUCAUCAUAGUCCCUCAGGAGCUGCUGCUGGCCAAAACGUGCUGUGACUCUGUGACUCGACGCGCACAAACCCACAAAGUGGCAUCUCCACCAGUGCUCUCAGCUUCCAUUCCUUACACACACACACACACACACACACACACACACACACACACACACACACACACACACACACACACAAACACACACUCUCUUAAACAUACAUGUGCUCAAGAACAUGCCUGGUACUGUUGGUUUUCUGCAUUAAGUGAGCUGGGAGAAUUCAUGGGAGUCUGGCUAUCCGUCACUUCCCAUCCAAUUCCCUCCGGUUUCCAUGUCGAGACUCCUGAAGGCAACAGGUAUUUCAACAUGAUAACCCCCCGACAAACACACACAAAAACAAACAAGAAAGGAGAACAUUUCUGCCCAUCACAAUGAUUGAAACCAUCAGGCCUAAAUGGGAGAGAGAAAAAAAAAGAAAAAAAGAAAAUAACGGUUGUUAUUUUGGGGACGUCACCUCAAGUACUUAAAUUUUUAGUAUGAUUAUUGCUAAGGUAAUGACAUGUUGUUUUUGGCUUUGGAUGAUUUUUCUUUUGAAAUUAAUUUAUGUUGCAUAAUCAGGCAACCAAACAGACCGCUUAUGUGAGCCUCUUCUGCUCACACACAUCAAAAGCUUUCCAGAAAAAGCUUCUUUCCUCCCCCCCUUGUUUCAGUGUUAUUUAGCUAUCCGCAAGAGGUAGGUGUCCAACAGCAAAAUGACCCCUAUGGAAAGGAUUGUCCAGUAUUUGGGUACUAUGAAAUGGUAAGCUAGAAUUUCAGAUGCUCAUCAGGCAGAGAGAGAUGGUUGUAGUGGUCAGCUCCAUAUCGCCAAGUGGAGGGCUUUGCAGUAGAGGGCAGUCUUUGAGGUCUGACCCCUGUCUCUGCAACAAACUCUGUCCGAAGGGCAUUGACGUGGUCUUGACUAACUGUGGCCAUCAACGAUGAGAUCUCGUGAUCAGCCAAUCACGGGGAUCAAAUCGUGCACAGGGAGCUAGGGGACAUGGCGUAAUGUCGCCGGAGAGCAACUGUGGCAGAUGGCCCAACCACAUCUGCUGUGAUGAUGCAUCGCUGUUGGCAUGGAUUACCAACAUCUGGAGAAGAUGUGUGCUGUGGUGCCUCUUGCUCUGUGUUGUGGACUGCACGUGGCCAAGCCUGGUGAAGGAAGGUGGUCAUGGCAUUAGGUUUGCUUGUGUGCAUUUUGUAGGAACUGAUCUGAGCAGUUUUUUUUUUCUUUUAGUUGACGCCAUUAUGAAAUCUGUGCCUUAUAUUUAAAAUUGGUUACAGACCCCCCCCCCCCCCCCCCCAACCCAAAACAAAGAGAGCUUUGAAUGUAUGAAAAGCCUUCCCCUAACCUAUGUUGCAGCAAUUCUUCACCUUAUGGCCAAAGUGAAUUCUAAUCUGGUAGCAGUCUUAGAGCUUAUGGGAACAUCUUGGUGUGUGUGUGUGUGUGUGUGUGUGUGUGCGCGUGCGUGCGUGUGUGUGUGUGUGUGUAUGAAGAGGCCAUUUUAACCUUGGAACUGAUGCUGGGCGCUCAUGCUUCUUUUGCGCUUCGCUGCGUUUGUUUUGUUUUUUCCAGAAAAGCGAGUCAGCCUUUGUCCAUAUCUUUUGGCUUUUCGCCCCAUCAUGAGUUCAGAGGCAAAUUCACAAAUGCACUUUUCCCCCUACCCCCUUACUUCUCCUUAAAAAAAAAAUGGCGACUUUCAAACCAGCAGGAAGUGAGGCAAAGCAGAACACCUGUGAGCAGGCCCCGACAGGAAGCGGUAGCUCUCAAACGCCUCCCCUCCCGCCGUCCUGCGUGUGCACGCCUUGUCUGGUGGACGUCUGCGGUGUGUCGCGUGGCCGUUUGACUGUUUGGAUUGCGUGGCCGGGAUUAUUUUUAUUUUUAAAAUCACUUUUUUUUAAUCACAUAUUUAUAUCUAGUAACAUCGCUGCUUUAUUGCUGUUUUCUUCUGUAGUUCAAACCACUACCAGAGGUCAGUGCUGGUGUCAAAUCCUGUGACCUUUCGUACCUUAGAUCCGAGUGCCUGCAUUUACAAAGUGGAAUUCAACCGUAUGAGUUUGACUUUACUUUUUAAUCGUACAGCAUGGAGCAUAUCAGUUGUCAGGGUGAAGGGAGCACUGUGGCCAUGCUGGUCAGGAAGGGAGCAAUGUUAGGGGCUGUCUGGACGUCUUGGCUGGUUUGGGUCAGGCGCUGGGUCACGUCAGUCCUAGUGAGGGUGUGAAAGGGUUCGAGUUCAGGUGGACUGUGAUGUAUGAAAGGUAUGUGCUUUAGAUUUAACACGGCAGAUAUUUAUUGAUAGUUUUUCUUUUUUGUCUUCAUCAUGACCAAGUACGUGUGUGCAUUAUUUAUUUUCUAUCAUAAUACAUAUUCUUAAGUCAUUAUUUCCCUUUUCCCCCUUUCUGCGCCAUCCCCAAAUUCUCUCCACACCAUCAGGAGGGAACGGGAGCUUUCUGGAGCAACAUUACUGCGCAGCCCCCCCCUCCAUUUUGCACUUUUUGAUUUUGAUUUGAAAGGAUUUUUUAGUUGUGUCGUUGUUUUGUUUUUUUUUGUUCUCCUCAUCUUCAUUGAGUCAGAGAAUAAACUAGUGCUGGAGUUGUUGUAAUGCUGUCUAAGAGGCCACCCCAGUGGUCAGGCAGCAGGAAUCAUGGGAGUUAAGCAAUAAUACUCAGUUUUAAUGAUGCUCUAGUCAGAUCAUGGAUCGUGUGGACUUGUGAAUGAAAUCAUCCUCAACUAGAGGCUGAGGCUCUCGCAAACUCCUAGGCCACUGCUCUUUAUCUGAGCCAACAGGUCUUAUCAUGUCUUCAUUUCAUUUCUUUUUUUUAAUUAAAAAUAAAAAUCGUGGAUCUCCAUACUGGAUAAAAAUUGAAUUGGGAGCUCACUGGAGUGGCGGUUUCCAAGAGGAUCCCAGGGAAAUGCUACAUGUAGAGUCCUAAAGGACAGGAAAGGUUUAUGUAUUUAUUUCACGUGAGUUCGAAUUAUGGGGUGAUCAAGAGUCCAGCAGACAAGAGUUUGUGUUUUUCCAUGAUGAAUUCCUCCAAAGAAGGUUGCUUCUUGUAUAUAAGCAUUCUUUUUUUUUUUUUUUUUGAAAUGAUCAACUGUUCAGUCAAAUCUGCACAUUCAUACAUGUCUUGUUUUCAAUGGAACACUGUCUUUGUUCAGACUGAGAAUGCUUCCCUCUCAUUUAUCAAAUGUCAUUUAAUGUUCCAGAGGCUGAUUGCCUUGUUUUCAUUUGAACUCUGAAACAAACCCCAGUGCUUCAGAGAAAGAGAGAGAGAGAGCUGAGAAGUGUGUGCAAAGCGAAAUAUAUUCCUUGUUCAUACAUACCUGAUGACAUCCUUAAAGGAUUGGAAUCAUUUGCUGAGGAAAUGUUUGGAAAUUAUUUUGUAAUUCAACUUUUUUGCCUUGUGAACAUAUGUAAAUACUAUGAGCUGUAAUAUAUAUGGUUGUAUAAAGACUGUUUGGCAGUUCAAUUCUGUUUUUUUUCCUCCUUUGUUGUUUUCUUUUUACUCUGAAAUAUUUGUUCCUCCCCAAAGCUGUUUUGCUGACUCUUUUGUAGCUUGGCCGCUGUAGCUCACCAUGAACUGUCAUGAAAGCCAGGCUGGAUCAAUGGUACAUUUCUGUUCACAACCGGCUCUGUUUGCUAAGGUGUUUCAGAGGCAAUAAAGUUUGAGGAAAGUGUACAGAACCUGA